GACGACACAAAACACGCAGUCACCAUAGAGUCGUCUGGCUACAUGAUACAGUACAUGUAGAUACCGGCAGACACACUUUAAACCAUCCCAGCUAGCCCACAAAACUAUGAGAACCAGGAGAAAGCUGUACAGACAAAGGCAAGCAAAGACAGCAAGAAGCAAGGAAGAAAUGGCCGAGCCUAAGGAGGAAACCGGAGGGAGUUAUUUGUGCAGCCGGUGUCGGGACCGGGCCGAAUGUGGAAGUCUGCUCCGUGCGUGUGUCGGCUGCAUCAGCUUCGGCAUGUGGCUGCUGUUCUGCUAUCUCAUAUUCCGCAUGGUGCUGUUGGUCCUGUACCCUGAGCUGAUGGACAAUGAGGACAGCGUGGGUCCUGAUCCGGCCUCAUGCCUUCAGCUGACUCUCCCGCCACACACACUGGCCAACAUCCGGGGGAGAAUGUCGCAGCUCCAGUUUAAACACAUAUGAGAAAUAUGAUGAGGACUCUGCCAGGCCUCCUUUUAGUGAUACGCGAAUGUCUGAUAGCCAUAUGUCUUUCAAUGCUUGACAACUUAUCGCGAAAUUCAAGCUCAAGUUUAACAAUCUAUGACAAACAUGAUGAAGAAUUUACCAGGCCUCCUGUUAGUAACACGUGACUGUUUAAUAGCCAUGUGUCUUUCAAUGCUUUACAACUUGUUACGAAAUUUAGGAAAUGAUACUAGUAGAUGUUUUAUGUCUAAUAGCCAUUUGCCCUCCUAUGCUUUACAAGUUGUCAUCUAAUUUAGGAAAUGAUAAGAAUGUAUACGACAAAACUGGUGACGUCAAAGGCAAUGACAACAGUUUACAGUACUACGAUGACAACUAGAAAAGUCUAACUUCAUGUAGCAUUAGCGUCAUCUUGCAGGUUUAGUUAGUACUGCAAACAACUCAGUUGUCGCCAGGUGUUUCCUCCGUCUGCUGUUUGAUCAUCUUGGUGCCUUAAAUCGUGUACAUCUGUUCUAAAUAUUGAGUUUGUCACGACUAAGGACAACAAUAAGACAACUCUUGAAAUAUAUUAACUUUGAAAACAA